AUGGCCAACAGACCGAAAAGUAUGAACGAUUUCACUGCACUCAUGGACGCUUCUAUGCCGCUCUUUGAGAGCAAGACGGAUGCGGGGAGGAGCACUUCUCCGGCGAGGAAGUCGCCUGAAAGAGGAGAGAGGGCAACAGGCCACUCGCGCAAGAAGCCCAGCAUGUCGCUGGCACAGGGCUUGAUCAUCAAUGGCGAGCUGCAUCCACCCAAGUCGCCGUACAGGCAGACUCAUAGCAGAGUUAGUCAAGAUGGCGGAACUAACGGAGUGGGCAAUGGCGAGGAGAGCCUGUUCUAUGCGUAUGCGCUGAAGAGCGACUAUGCAAACUCGCCCCCGUAUCUCCUCACCUUUGCAACCUCGGAUAUCUGCGCUCAAUGGUGGUCACUCGUACAGCAGGAGUACCCUCAGUCCACACGUCCCGGUGCCCAGCUCUUCGUCCUCAAGACAGACGACAUGCAGGCCAUACAGGACGACUCGAAGUUCAUAUCUCUGCGCAACAAGUGGUUUUUCACCUCGCAAGACCGCUCCAACUGCGCCACUCCAGUCAUCCCACUACAAGGCGCGACCGGCCAUCUCAUCGCGGGUGCACCUUUGCCACAGGCGCGGCCGGCCAUUGAGACACCUGCAUGCACUUCAGUCGAAGAUCUGGCCGAGAAGCUGGAGAGGCUCUCGUCAGUAGUGGAAAGCAGUGCAGAGCAUAUCCACGCGCUCUCAGUCGCGCAAUCCGCCGGUCUGCAGCGCAUGCAAGAGAUCAAUGAGAGCAACAGCACCCAGAUCAAACAGCUCGCCGAGUCGCAAGCCAAGCUCCAGUCUCUCAUUGACCAGAAUGCAUCGCACUACAUCGCACUGUCGAACACGUCCUUCAAGUCCCACGAGCAAGUCAAAGACGUCCUGCAAGCCACCACUGUGCAGAUCCAGAGCCUAAGCGGGAGUCAAGAGCAGCUAACACAGACAUGCAAAGCGAUGAUGCGCAGCAUUUCCAACCUUGCGUCUUCCAUCCAUCAACCAAGCAUAGCACCUGCACCUGCACCGCCGUCAGAAGUUUCAACACUGCAGUCCACGCCUCCCAGUGCAUCAAGGAAUUCGGAUCUCUCGAAGAUGAGCCCUGCUCCACGCAAACUCAAUCGGAGGAUUAGAGGCGUGUGGUAUGAGUACGACAACAGCGAGCCCAGAGUUCAUGGAGCCCCGAGGAAGCUCGCCGAUGCACCGGUGUUGAGAACAAGCAAGAUGCCCGCAACGCCUCCCAGGACGCCGAGGAAGCUCACACAGACCUGA